CGUCUCCAGCCUCACCGUGUCCCCCGUACCAAGCCCCGAUCCCCCGGUCCCCAGCCUCCUAGUCCUCCCCCGUCGCCCAGCCUUGGUGCGCUCCGUGGUAGGUGGGAUCGGCUCUGCGGGGAAGUCUCUGGCAGAUCAAUGAAUUCGUUUUGAUGGCAGCAGAGUCAGCCAACUGAGCGGAGCGCCAAGCAGAGGGUAACGGGAGGAAGAGCGAUCAGCGGGGGGCGAGCAUCGGACGGGCACAGCCGGGGAAGGUGGGCGCUGUGUAUCCCGGGACUGGCCGCUCGCAGCUGGAGAGACCGGAGCGGACUUUGGGGAAACUUAGAUACAAAGUUACCUUCAUCGCUGCCGGAGGACGGGCACGGCCGGGGAUCCGACACCGGAACGGGGAUGAUUUUUCCAAGUAGCAGCAACCCUGUGAGAACCCCGUAUAGGAAGCAGCAACCCAUUGUGCCUGCUCACCCCAUGGCUCCUCCAAGCCCCAGCACAACCAGCAACCACAAUAGCAGCAGUAGCAGUAGCAGUUCUGGUUGGGAUCAGUUAAGCAAAACGAAUUUGUAUAUUCGAGGACUCCUUCCAAACACCACAGACCAGGACCUAGUGAAGCUAUGCCAACCAUAUGGCAAGAUUGUUUCCACAAAAGCUAUCUUGGAUAAAACCACAAACAAAUGUAAAGGUUAUGGAUUUGUAGACUUUGACAGCCCGGCAGCUGCUCAGAAAGCGGUCUCGGCUCUGAAGGCGACUGGAGUCCAAGCACAGAUGGCAAAGCAACAAGAACAAGAUCCAACAAACCUGUAUAUAUCAAACUUGCCAUUGUCCAUGGAUGAACAAGAGCUGGAAAAUAUGCUGAAGCCGUUUGGACAGGUGAUAUCGACAAGGAUACUGCGUGAUUCCAGUGGCACCAGUCGCGGAGUCGGAUUUGCAAGGAUGGAAUCAACAGAGAAAUGUGAAGCAGUGAUCAAUCAUUUUAAUGGAAAGUUUAUUAAAACUCUUCCUGGUGUUUCAGCCCCCACAGAAGCUCUACUGUGCAAGUUUGCCGAUGGAGGUCAAAAGAAGAGACAGACUCAGAACAAAUAUGUCCAGAAUGGAAGAGCUUGGCCGAGAGAGGGGGAGGUGAGACUUGCUGGAAUGACCUUGACCUAUGACCCCACUGCUGCUAUUCAAAAUGGGUAUGUCAGAAGGUUCUAUCCGCCAUAUAGCAUCGCCACAAACAGGAUGAUUACACAGACUUCCAUCACCCCUUAUAUCGCAUCUCCCGUCUCAACGUACCAGGUGCCAAGUCCAUCCUGGAUGCAGCCACAGCCCUACAUCAUGCAGCAUGCUGGGGCUGUCUUAACUCCCUCCAUGGACCAUACCAUGUCACUACAGCCUACAUCGAUGAUGAGCCCUCUGUCCCAGCAGAUGGGUCAUCUGUCAUUAAGCAGCAGUGGAACAUUGAAGGAUGAGGGACAGGAAGAGCCAACAGAGCCAUCCACGUUGUGGAUUUUGUAUAUGCCUGCCACAACAGCUAUGCAAGGAGCAUAUAUACCGCAGUACACACACGUCCAAACAGCUGCCGUCUCUGUGGAGGAACCCAACCAAAACCAACCAGUAGAGACAUCUAAUGAACAUUCUCCAUACACCUAUCAACAGAACAAGUAACUCUAAAAGAUGGAGCGAUGACCUUGAUUGGGGGAAAUGAGGUUCAGAUGCUUAAACAAUCAUGGAAUUUUCUGAACAAUCGUGCUUUAUGAAUUGACAGUUUUGCACAGGUUCUUGGGGGGAAAAAAAACAAAAAAAAAACAUUAUUUAUAACAAAAUCAACUCAAACUAUUUUUGCUAUAAGUUCUAUGAAGUGCAUAAAAAACCUUCAAUUCAUCUAGUGUCUGUUCCCCUGAACAGGUUUAUUUUAUUAUGGAAAUUUUUAUCAAGUAAUAUAACACAAAAAGAGACAGACUGCAGGUUUAUCUCUGGAUAUGCACAGGUGGCUAUUUGUAUGGGGAUAUGUGCAUAACAGACAAUUUUUGUGUUAUUUUUCUUUUUUUUUUUCUUUUUUUUAUGUUUUUUUGUUUUGUAUGGGACUUCCAUUGUUAAAUUUUUAAGGACUUGGGAUUUUAUUUUAUUUUUUUAUGUUUUUUGGGGUUUUUUUUCUUUUUUUUUUUCUUCUCUGAAGGUUCACCAUUUUAUUGCCCAGUGAAGAAAAUAAUUGCAAAAAUAAACAUCGCUGGUUUCUCAAUGUUCUAACAGAUUCCAACAAGAAGGCAUUUUAAUGCGAUGCCUCCGUGCUUGCAGUGUGAGUGUUGCUGUAGUGCAGUGUUGCAGUUGCUGUCCGUUUUUUCUGACUCCUUGUAAAAAAUUUCUUUUCAUAGCGUGAAGUGUCUUAUCUUUUUCCAAUGAAUUCCAAUUUGCCUUAAAAAAAAACUUUUAAUGCUGUAGCUUUUUUUUCCUCCACGCAAUUACUAGAAGAAAAGUGUAGAUUGCUUAGACCAAGUAAGCUGGUCGGUUUUGCCUUGUAAAACAGCAGCAUAGGGCUUUUAAAAGGUAGUUAAUAAAAUUGCUGAAAAUCUGGCUUUUUAAUGUGUAAUAGAUGUUUUUAAUUUUUUUUUUCACGUAAUGUGUAUGGUAGUGAAAAAAAAAUUUGUUGGGUGGGGCUGGGAAAAUGUUUUUUUGUGUGAAACACAUUUUCUCAUUGGGGGUGGGGGGGAUGUUUUAGUAAUGAGUUGUUUGUAAGGCCUUAUGCCAACAAUUUGCUCUGGUAGUCUAAGCGAUUUUAGAAAAUCUGCUGUAAGAUGCAAUGUAAAAAUGUUUUGCUUUCUAUUUUUUGUUUUGUUUUGUUUUUUCACAUUAACUUGAUGUUUUAGCGUAUGUAGAAUAUAGGAAUUGGGAUAGGGGAUUUGUCAGCGAAUGUUCUUGUUUUUUUUGUUUUUUGUUUUUUUUCCUCUGUUUUUGGUUGUUUCUUUAUACAAUUAAUGAUAGUACUUUAGUUGAUUGUGCUCAAACCUUGCAAACGAAAAGUGCUGUUACAGCAACAUGGCAAAAAGCUAAAGGACUUUAAAGAAAUAAGCUGAGAUAUAAGUGGAAUUGUCAGUACAUUGGGUACUCGCUCUCUAUUAGGUGAAAAAUAAUAAAAACAUAAGACUUGGCACUUUUAAAGGUAACUUUACCAAAGAACAAAGAGCCAGUAACCAAUCUUCCAGAUUAUUCUCAGCGUGAUUUUUUUUUCUGUUUUCUUUAUUUUUGCCGGACCAGUUUGCGGUUAGGAGAAUGUGCCUUUUUUUGUACAUUUGCAUUUUUUUUAAAUAGUUUUAGUAAAUGUAUGGACACAAUAUCAAAAGCAUGAAGGAAGACUUGGAUCCAAGCAGUGCCACACUUCACAUCAUCACUACAAGUAUUAAAUUGUAACGAAAAAAGAAAAAGAAAAAAAUAAAUAAAAACACCUUUUUUGAAA